AUGAAUCCUGAUGUUGUUGAAUCUAAUUCAAUCAAUGAUAACGUUUCGGAUCCAACAUCUUCUAAGUCAGCUUCCACUACAAUCGGUGCUUUGAGUGCUGGUGGAAGAUCAGUUGUCUACCAACUGACAUCUUCAUAUCUUCGUACGCCAGUUAAAUUGUUUAAGCCAGCAAGGUUCGAUUAUUUCCACUAUGUUCGAGUCAUCCUCACAGGUGAUGCAAAUAAUACUGCCAUUAAUAAUGAUUCGCAGAGCGUAAAAAAUAAAUUUUGGUUCAAAAGAUUCUCCAAUGCUCAUAAAUAUACCUCCAUGGUGGAGAAUUCAUCAUUGGGUUUGUUAACGAAAGCAUUGAAUAAAUACGGUUGGAGAGUCAUACCAGAUAGAGUUCUUCCGCCAUUAUUGGUGAACUCAGCAACUGGUAUUGUGUUAUAUUCUACUUAUUUAGCAUCAUUAACUGCGCUCUCGAAACCUCAUACUAAUGCUGAGCAAUAUGUGACGGUGUUUAAAUUACAAGACGUUUUUGCAUCCGGGUUCCUAGCAGGGUUUGCACAGUCUAUAAUCUCGACUCCAGUAGAUGCUAUCUAUACCAGAUCUUCAACUUUAGAGAUAUUUGAAAGUAUUAAAAAGUAUAAUAACUUAUGGAUCUUUGCCCUUGAUAAAGUAAAAGAAAUUGGGUUGAUAGGUUGUUUUAGUGGAUUCACUUUAGUUGCAAUCAAAGAAUCCUUCGGGUUUGCAAUAUAUUUCACUACUUUUGAACUAAUUAAAGGUACCUUAUCAAAUUUUAUAUUAAACUUGGUGAACAGUUUUAGAAAAUUUAAAUUUAAGGUUAAGGAAUCAUUCGAUUUUAACAGCGAACCGACUUCAAUAAAUGAAACGGCUUCUAAGCAAGCUUCCACUACCUUUUUAACUGUAAAAGAAGAAAAAUGGGUAAAGAGAUCUUUUAUCUUCAUGGGAGGCAUAUCUGCUGCUUUACUACUUCAAUUAUUUCAAUACCCAUUCACUAAAAUACAGAAGAUUCAUUUUUCAAGACUCGAAGCCUUUGAUAUAUACAACAGAUCGUUUGCAAAGAACUCAAAAGUUUUACAGAACAAUUCAUUAACCUUCUCUAACAUGAUAUUAAGACAUCCUAAGAGGUCACAAUUUCAUAUCUACUACCAUUCAUAUUUUGAUACAUUCACUCAUAUACAUUUUAUUCAUAAAACCACAGGUGAUCUAACAAGAUGGUUAUAUAAAGGCUUUACUAAUAGAGCAAUGACAACAAUUCCAGGAACGACAAUAGGACUGAUUUUAUUAGAUUAUAUGAGGUCAAAAUUAGAAGAUGACAUAAUUACCAGUACAAAUCAGAUGAUCAUGAAGUAG